AUGGAUCUCUUGGUCGCGGCAGACGAAUUGGUUCUAACCGAGCUUGUGAAUUAUUUAAAGGACUUCUUUCUUGAAUCUUAUUACAAAUGGAUCUGUCAGCACCCUCUUCAAGUUUUGUAUCAUAACGUCUUCCGUCUUGAGAGUUGUAAGGAAUUGCGGGAGUUAUGUUUGACGGUAGUUUGUGAAAAUCCAACUUUGGUAUUUGGAACCACGGCUUUCUCGGCGAUAGAUGAACCUGUUCUUAUUUCAAUCCUUCAAAGGGAUGACCUUCAGAUGGAAGAAAUUGAGAUAUGGGACUACUUAACUCAGUGGGGUAUCGCUCGCACGCAAAAUCUCGAUGCCGAUAUUUCCAAAUGGUCAGACAGCGAUUUUUCCGAGUUAAAAUCCACUUUACAAAAUUUUAUCCCGCUUGUUAAAUUUGAUCACAUAAGUCCAAACGAAAUACCACUCAGAUUGAGUCCAUUUAAUAAGAUUCUAUUGUCAUACGACGAUAAAUCCAUGCAGGAAGAAUGUUCCAUAUUUAAAACUUUAAUCGACUCAACAAUUAUUAGAUUGAAGCAUGCUUCACUUAUCUCCCGCUGGAUUGACCUUAAAGAAGAUAAAACGCAACACUCGGGAAUGGCCUUGUUUGGAGCUGAUGUGCGUGGGCCAUGCUUUGGAAAUCGUGACUUGUGGAUGUCAAAUUUUAACAAUUUGUCACGACAAUGUUCAAGUCAAGUGUCAUAUUAUGAUAAAAGCAUAAUUGAUUCGCGUAAUUUUGACGUGGAGGAUUAUGAAGUAUUCCAAAUUUUUAAAAAGAACAUUUCCAAAGAAGUACAAAAUUUUUCUUCUUGA